AUGGCAGCCAUGAAAUUCACCACCUUGUUCCUCUACUCCCUCACCCUCUCCCUCUGGCGCCUCGCCAACGGCACACCCAUCCCAGACCCAGACCCAGAGCCCCCAAAACCCAAACACACCCGCGCCCGCCGCUACACCUACAACAAAACCGACGGCGUCGGCGCUGGCACGUACACCUUGCCGGACUUGGCUGCGUAUAACGCUACCAACCACCACUACGGCCACGUCCCGAUCCCGCUCGUAGCGCUCCCGCACGGAAACGUUAACGCGUCGGAUAGGGAUUUGGUGGUUAUUGCGAAUUAUACAACGACGAACUACACGAUCUCGAUUUAUGAGCCGGGGCCGGAGGAUGGGAGCGCCGGGGGUGGUGCGGCGGAUGAGUAG